GGCAAAACCAGGAAGGUGUUGCAGAAUGGGGGAAGUGACACAACAAGCUCAGAACCCGCAGCAGACACACGGUCCACCUGAACAGUUCCACCAUGGGGUUGUGCCCUCCUCGUCUUCCUCUCCUCCUCCUCCUCCUCUCUUUCUCCAGCCUGCUGGUCCAGGAAGUGACUUCAGAGUUCAAGAUCUGCGCCUUCCAUGUGGAGAAGUUUGACUCGGCGAAGGCGUCCGACUCCAGAGUGCUGCACACGGUGAAGAAGAUCGUGUCUCGCUGUGACAUCUGUCUCCUGCAGAAUGUGGUGGAUUCUACAGCCGUCACCACUUUGCUGGUUUCUCUCAACAGGGAAACGGACAGGUAUGACAAUUACAGCUACCGGUCCGUGUCCAGUAGGAGUCUGGGAAACUCCCCUGGCGACAUGCAGCAGUACGUUUUCAUCUACAGGGUGGAGAACGUCAACGUGACGGGGCAGCAUCAAUACGAGCAGAAAAAGUCCUUCGUCAGACCGCCGUUCGCCGUCCAGUUCCAAAGCAAGAACGUCGCGAUCCAGAGGUUCAUUCUGGUUCCUCUGCAUGCCGAGCCCAGCCAGGCCGUCCAAGAGAUCGACCGGCUCUACGACGUCUUUAAAGAAGUCAGCCACAAGUGGAACAACACGAAUGUGAUGUUUCUGGGAGAUUUCCACGCCAGCUGUGCCUACGUGACUCGAGCAGACAAGAAAAACAUCCGACUGUUCGGCAAGACGUCUUUUUUCUGGCUGAUCAGAGACAAAGUGGACACCACCAUCUCCCCCGACACCAACUGUGCAUUUGACAGGAUCGUGGUUCAUGGGAAACCGUUCCUGAAGGCCAUCACUCCAUCGUCUGCCCAAGUCUUCAACUAUGUCAAAGAAUUCAAACUACCCACGAGCAAGGCGCUGGAGGUGAGCCAAAACUUACCUGUGGAGGUGACUCUAAAGAGCUCCGCCCUUCUCCUUCAGGCCACGUCCCUCCUCAUACUCAUCAGCGUCUCAGCGAUCGUCCAGUCCUUCCUAUCCGCUCUGUGAUUGACUACUUCAGCCUCUUCUAUGAGUGAUUUGGUUUCUGUCAGCAGGAUUCAGAGGAACCUCUCAGGGAUUAUUGUGCCAUGUGACCAAAGCAAGCCAACAGAUAGUAUGAGACAUAACUUCCAUUUUUGAAUGCCUUCAUUAUCUCUUUAUAAUAAAAAAAAAAAGAAGUAAUCUUU